CAGCUUGAACAGCCGCUUUAGCCGCCGCCCAUCAUCUUUCUUUCUCUCCUCCACGUUAUCAUUCUUCAACCCUUCAACCACCGUUACGAACCCCAAUUCAUCAUCACCCCGCAUCUCCAACAACUUCUUCUUUAGUCAGAGACAUCAUCAUAUCCGAACAAUGGCUACCUCUACUACUACCACCGCCGGAAAGAAGAUUGAGUGGCUCGUUGUCGUCCCGGACUUUGAGGGCGUUGGCGAGAAGAGGUUGGAGGUUCGCCCUGAUCACUUUGCCGGUCUCGGCAAGAACGUCGAUAAUGGAUGUUUCCAGAUGGGCGGCGCCGUUCUCUCCGAGCCUCCUACCUCCGACGACCCCAAGACCUUCAAGUUCGCCGGCAGCACCAUCGUCCUAGUCGCCGAGAGCCGCGAGGAGGUGAUUCAGAUUCUCAAGGACGAUGUGUAUGCCCAAAAGGGUGUUUGGGAUGUUGACAACGCUCAGAUGUGGCCCUUCAAGUGCGCCUUCCGCUUCCCUGUCCCUGGUCAGCAGUACCAGCAGAAGCAGUAGGUGUGGAAGGAAGAGUCAAAUAGAGAUUAUCAGUACAUAAGAUACAGGUUUAGUGAUUUUCGGUAGCACUCUUUGUCUGCAAGUGUUCAAGCUGAGUGCUCGGAAUACAUCUCUCGAAUGUCCACCACGCGGGACAGAUCGAUCCACACUACGAACUUUGCGACGAGGUGCAACAUAGACUGGAGAUGUAUAAACUCGACAUAGAAAAGUUACAGCUACAAGACACACUAAACUCGUCAACAAUU